UUAGUUUCAACUCGGAUACAAAACAUUUCAUUUCAUUUAUAAUUGAUAGGGUACUUGUUCAUCAUAAGGAACUGUUUUUAAUGGCAGAGGGACGAAAUAUGUUGUUCGUAUUUAUCCUUGUUCUUUGCUGGACAUCUGGGACAGGUCAGGAUGCUUGUUCAACUGGAUUAUGUCAGUGUAAACCACGGGUUGCUUAUUGUAUUCAUACAAACCUUACCUACAUUCCCAAAUUUCCUCCUGGAAUCCGAGUAAUCUACUUUAAAUAUAAUUAUUUACCUCAUAUCAGUCCAACAACAGUUUUAAAUAUCAGCAACACCGGAGUAUCACACCUCUUUCUAAACGAAAAUGAGAUUCAAUAUAUUGACGAAAAUGUGUUUCAAAAUCUGUCACGGAUUUAUCAUCUGGAUCUGUCUUAUAAUCGUCUCAUCUCAGAUUCCUUACGGAACGUAUUCUCUAGUUUCCAGAGAAAUAGCGAACUCUCAAUCAUAGAUGCAAAACACAAUCGUUUAAAAGAUAUUCCACCUGAUGUUUUUGAAGAUUUUAAGUCCUCGAAAAGAAUAUCUCUGGAUUUAUCGCAUAACGAAAUUCAACUACUUAAUAUAUCAUCGUUCAACGGAAUUCAAAAAUUGGUUUUAUUGGAUGUUUCGCAUAACGAAAUCGCUACCGUAAUAACAGGCUUUAACCAACAUCUGCAAAGUAUCUCCCUUGAGAAUAAUAAUUUGUUUGAUUUACCAGACUUUUGUAAAUACGGAAACCCCUUUCCAGAAUUAAUCAGAAUGUAUCUCCAAACCAACAGAAUUGUUAAUAUCGUUCCGGAAUACUUAAACUGCCUGGAAAGUUUAGAAAGCCUUUAUUUGGAUGCCAACUCCAUUUCCUUACUAAAAACGGAUAAUUUUUAUUCCUUCAAGUCUCUGAGCUUCCUAACUAUCUCAAAACAGAGUGGCGUAAGCCCGCUUUAUAUACAAGAACGUGCUUUCAACAACAGCAAAAUCCAAUAUCUUAAUCUUCUGAGGAAUCAGCUGAUGACUAAUACGAUUAAUGAACAUUCAUUUGAUGGGUGUGAUGGGUUAGAAAAAUUAGAUUUGUCUCAAAAAAUUUUUUUAAAGAAGAGGAAAAACUAA